AUGAACCCAAACAACCCUUGGGCCAAUGUCGGUGGAUAUCAAUAUGGAUACGCCUAUCCUCCCACACCACCAAUGAGUCCUCCAUCUCGACCUCCCGCUCAAGCGCAAAAUCCAUAUGCAGGUCAAGCGCAAAACCCCACUCCACAACAAAAUGCUAAUCCUAAUUUAUUCGGAGCAGGUAACAUUCCGAGUGUUCUGAUGCCUAAUCCCAGUACCGGAGGAUUCUCAUCAUUGAAUCAACCGAAUCUCAGUCCAGAGAAUGGUUGGACCUCGAUAUCACCUUAUCAAAGACAUUCAUGGAUAACCGUCACUGAUCUCCCUGCCAAUAUGGGUCCAUCAGCUGCCUCUUUAACCUCAUACCAAGCUCCCCCCUCACAAGUCGCCAGCUCGAGUUUUUCUAACAAGGCUACCAGGCACUGGGAAUGCGAGUUCUGCGAUACUAGGAGGAAUGAGGAUGAUGGUCUGUUGUGGUGUCAUAAGUGUAGGACCUAUACCAAGACUUUAUGGUGCGAAGGACCAUAG